AUGUUGGCCGCCAUCCGCAAGAACCACACUCUUCACAGAGAACGUCAAGGGUCACCACCAAACAGCUUUCCGGUUCCAAUGGAAUCACCUCUCCUCAACCAGCUGUUCCGACAGCUUUUCAACCAUCGAACAUGUCAAUGCACAGCUCCGAGAUCCGUCCGGCGACUCAAUGGCGCGAGACGUGGCUUGCAACAAUACCAACACCAGACUCGCUCAUUCCUUAGCAGACGGGAGACAAGUUCAAAAAAGAAUGUUACAAACGAUGGGACCAUGUGGACGAAGCGGGACGAUUACCCCAGAGACCUGGAGCAGCAAUUGCGGACGUUUCCACUAGUGACGGCGAAGGACUUGCGAAGUAGGCGCGAAAGGCCGAGGCAGGUGAAAAUGCUGACGAGGGAGUUUAUCGAGGACAGCUUAUACAACCCCCAUUAUGGAUAUUUCUCCAAACACGCAACCAUCUUCCAUCCCGGCGAACCAUUCGAUUUCAGUCGCAUCGAAGACGGUCCUCACUUCCACCGCCUGCUAGGCGAGCGAUACACCGAAUUUGAAGACAAACUAGACGAGAUAAAUCCCGACAUUGCUCGGCAACUAUGGCACACGCCCACCGAACUGUUUCGACCGUACUACGGAGAGGCCAUUGCCCGAUAUCUAGUCACAAACUACCGCCUCUCACUGUACCCUUACCAUGAUCUGAUAAUCUACGAAAUGGGCGCCGGAAACGGAACACUAAUGUUGAAUAUCCUCGAUUUCAUCCGCGACUCUGAUCCCGAAGUCUACGCCCGCACAAAAUUCAAGAUCAUCGAAAUUUCCUCCUCGCUCGCAAAAGUCCAGAAAGAGAAUCUACAAGCCUCUCUCAGCGCGGGGGGUCAUACAGGACACGUCCAGAUCAUCAAUAAAUCCAUCUUUGACUGGAACGAAUACAUCCAUUCCCCUUGCUUUUUUCUUGCGUUGGAGGUGUUUGACAAUUUCUCUCACGACGCUAUUCGGUACGACUACGAGACCGAAAUGCCGCAGCAAGGCGGCGUCGUAAUCGACUCGGACGGCGAAUUCUGUGAAUACUACAACACAACCCUCGACCCACUCGCAUCUCGGUUUUUGAGGGCGAGACAAGCAGCAUCCCGCCGCCCGUUUCCCACUCCAUUACCAUCAAAGUUAGCGCGGAGUAUUCGCAGUUCAUUGCCAAUUGGUAAACGCGACUAUACACUCCCGGAAUACAUACCGACUCGGCUCAUGCAAUUCUUCGAUAUUUUGAGAGAUUAUUUCCCGGCUCAUAGGUUGGUCACGAGCGAUUUUAGUAGUUUGCCGGAUGCAGUGCCAGGACUCAAUGCGCCGGUUGUGCAGACGAGGUAUAAGCGGAGGACAGUGCCUGUGUCUACUCCUUUCGUCCACCAAGGCUACUUCGACAUCUUCUUCCCAACCGACUUCAACGUCGUCGAGGACCUGUACCGCGCCAUAACCGGAAAACUGACCUUCGUCUCCAGCCACCAGGAAUUCAUGGAGCGGUGGGCUUAUAUUGGGGAUACUGAGACGAGGAGUGGGGAGAAUCCGUUGUUGACGUGGUAUAAGAAUGCCAAGGUUUUGGCUACUGUAUAA